AUGUCGUUCAAUUGCAUCGACAGCAUGCUGCUCGCAAAGACCAUACCAAAGGCACCCGAUCGAAAGAGUGAGAAUGCCGAGCGUCAUGACCCUGCUAAAGACCCCAAGACGGUGCGUCGUUAUUUGAUGGGAGUUUCACUAUUCGGGGCUGUGUUGGGCACCUAUAUCGUGUAUGUUUAUACCACAUACAAGAUUUCCAUACGAGAAUACAACCAUAACCCAAGCAAGCUGUCGCAAAAUGCGGAUGUGACCGAUAGGUGGUGGGACGCAAAGCGCAACUUCGACUACGAGGUUGAAGGCCAAGAAAAGGUUAUGUGGAUGAAGGCAAAGCGACGUAGGCUCAUACGUGAAGCCUACGGCGAUGUACUAGAAGUCUCAGCUGGUACUGGCAGGAACAUGGACUUGUACGAUACGCGACCAUAUUCUGCAAGUGAGGACAGCAGUUACGGGAGAGACAGAAGACACAUGAUCACAAGCUUGACGUUUAAUGAUCAGAGUCCAGUAAUGAUCGAUAGAGCACAAAAUAAGUGGAAGACUGAACAAAAGCGAAAAAGAGAGGGUGACCAGUUUCAAGGAGAAAUAAAAUUCAUAACGGGCGAUGCCGGUCUAUCUGGUGUCAUACCUAGACUACCAGGAGGGUAUGAUACAAUUGUACAAACAAUGGGCAUAUGUUCUAUGCCUAGGCCAGUUGAUUUCCUGAGACACCUAGGACGCCUGGUAAGACAACCGGGGGAGCAUGUUAUCAAUUCUAGUCCUGAGAAAUUCAGAAAGCAGGAGGAAGAAGACGGAAAGGGAGGACGUAUAUUCCUGCUCGAGCAUGGUCGUGGUUACGACUGGGCAAGCUGGCUGAACCAGUACCUAGAAAACACCGCAGCCAUGCACGCUGAUCGAUAUGGCUGCUGGUUCAACAAAGACAUUGGCAAAAUAGUAGAGGACAGCGGGCUUGUGGUUGAAAGGAUUAAGAGGUAUCACUUUGGGACGACUUGGGAAAUAGUGCUUCGCCCUGCCCCAGAUCCACCUCCAGAUGAGAAGAAACAGCUCGAUCCUGUGCCACCAGCCACGACUGGCUCAAGGAGUUGGUGGUCGACUUUCUGGCGAUGA